CGCUCAGAUUUUCAGUUCGUUUUACACAAGUUCUACAAUUUGUGAACAGUUUAUGUUCCUUAGCAGCGCCAUGAACUGUCCGCACUUAAGCAAGCCACAAGCAAACGAAAAUGACUGCCAAGCCAAUCCGAAGCCUAAUCAGCACUCCACCACUGGCGGUAGUGCAUCCGAUCCACGUCUCGAGCAGCUGAUCGUCUAUCGCGCCCUGCUCAAGCACUUGCUGCACCAAAAGAUUCACUAUGACUGGGAACUGCAGCUGGAGGAGCAGCGUCUGGAGCGGUUUCGGCACGAGGGUCUCAACGAGAAACGCCUGAAGGUGCAGGAGCGGGUUGUGAUCAAUGCUCAGGCCAUGCUUCCGGGCAUUGUCUUCAAGAUGCGCAACGAGGUCGAUAGACUGCAGCGAAUGCUGGACAUCCACCAGCAGCAACUGCGGCAGCUUGAUCUGACGCUCUACGAACAGUGCCAGCAGCUGGUGCAAGACUCGAAGCAGAGCCUGGACGACGAGCCCUGAGACACUCGAGUAACAGCUCGAUUAUCAGCCAAAAUUUAAAUGUAAACUAAACUCAAACCUACAGCCUCAAGCCUUCGUUUGGUUCGAAGUGAAACCGCCCAAAUAUAGACCAAAUAUACACAGCUAAA